CAAAAGUUGGGUUGGAUGACGUAUCUCUGUUAACUCCAUAUUGUUCAAUCCCAUACUAGGAUAUGAUGAGGAACUCAUCUUAUGUAACUCAUGGAAAUCAAGAACUCAGUAAGCAACGGAUAAGGAAGCUAGAACUAGAAGAUGGAAAGGAUGGAGAGAGUAAGCAAGAAUAUUUGGAACCAAUUGAAACCAAAGCCCCUCCAUCAGUUCCUCUAGGUGAUUCUAUUUGCUUGAACAUAGCCUACAAUAAAAAAUGUUCGGAUUUUGAUGACUCUGUUUGUGCACAACCGAUUAUUGAUCCCAUCUGGAGGAUCAUGAAUAAAGAAAAUGACACCCUUGUCCAAAUUGUCUCCCAUUUAUCAAACAACGCUUGCUCAAAGGUGUAUGAUGUGUCAACUGCACUACCUAUGGUACUUGAUCUUGAAAUGUUGUGUAGAUGUCAUGCAUGGCCAAAGAGUUUCCAAAAGUCACGACCUACGGAUAAUAGCAUUGGCCUCUUUUUCUUUCCUGAGAAUGAAAGAUUGUUUGAUAGUCUAUUGGAUGAUAUAAUUGAGAGAAAUCUUGUUCUAAAGGCAGUGAUUGAUGAUCUAGAGCUCCUAAUUUUUUCAUCACUUGAAUUGCCUCAACAACAUUGGAGAUUUCGUAGGAAGUAUUAUCUAUGGGGUGUGUUCAAGCAAACCCAAUGUUCUCUUUCUCUUGUGCCAAUUGAUACUGUUGCCUACCGUAGCAGUACUGAAUUUGUUGCAGUUCCAAAGUUUAAAGACCAUAUAGAAAACCAAGAUAAGAGGGAUUUUGUUAAAACUUGGACUACUAGGAGUCCUCGUAGCCCGUUGAGCACUUGUAGCAGUGAUGUGUCUAACAUGACAAAUUCUCCAAUCCUUCCCAAAGUUGAAAGUUGCUCACCAUAUUCUUCUACCUUUUCGCUCCUUUAA